GUGGUAACAGGUCGAUUGUCUUCACCUGAGCUCCAACUUUCACAUUCACCAUCGGUGACGUGUUCAUUCUUCUAAUGAGGACUCUGACAUUUUCUGUCAGAUGAAGGCCUCAAAAAGGACUAAACCUCUCAGCAGCCCUGCAGCUGUAAAGCCAACAGUUAUUGCUGCUUGCCUGGCCCAGAAGGAUAGAUAUCACCUCCCAUCUCACGAUGCCCUGGCACAGAUCCUACCAGGUUAUCGGUACCUCGCCAAUGACGCGAAGACUGACCUUGAAAAAGCCACCAAUCAGGAGCAGGAGAGACCCGCUCAGGGUGCAAAAGCUGCACAGGCCAAGAAAACCGACAUAAACAGCACAUAUCAAGUUCAUCAUCCACAUAAACGACCCCUGCUGCAUGACUUUGAGAGGGAUCCGAUAGUGGCAGAGAUCACCGACCUCCAAACUAAGGAGGUGGAAAACUAUCGUUCAGCCAUGAGUAAGAUGGCAGAAGACAUCAUAGCGCUGAGGACACAGGUUGUGACGUUGGAGGCGGAGAACAGCCAGCUCCGCAGUGACCUGUCUCUGCACCAGGACCUUGGUCGAGAUCUGCUGGAUGACGCAGACAUCGCGGUCAUGACCAAAGUGGAGAUCGCUGACCGUAUUGCGUCUCUGAAAUUCAAGCUGGCCAGUGAGACCAGUAAGGCGGCCUCGCAAAGGGACAGGAUCCAACAGCUACAGAAUGAGCUGAUCAAGAAGAACGACAGGGAGAAGGAGCUGCUGAAACUCACCAGAGUCCACCAGCAGCAGCCGGAGGAUCUGCAGCACCACCGGAGUCACGUGGCAAAGAUGGCUACUUUGGAGGCCACAGUCGAACAGCAGGAAAAGGUCGUUGAGAAGAUGGAGAGAGCAAUAGAAAGUAAACUCAGAGAGAAAAAUAAACAAAGUGGGGAUAAAAGUGUGGCGCUGAAAAAGCACAGAGGUCAGACUGACUGUCGAGAGAUAGAGUUAACCCUGGUGGCCGAAAACUCCCGACUCCGAGAGGAGCUGGACAGGAUUCGCAGGCAGACGUAUCCAGUCAUUGCACAGGAGCCAGCGCAGACAAAAGAGGUACUACCACUCAAGGAGAGACUGAGUUUACUAAAUAAACUGGAGAAGGCCGAGGCAAGAGUCCAAAUACUGGAGGCUCAGCUGGAGGAGAACGCUACAUUGUGGGGGAGAGAAAAACAGGAAAUGUUGACCAGACUGAGUGAGCACAGGCACGGCUUUGUCCGCACGUCCACCCCAAUCCUCCAGAACCUUUCAUUGGUCAGCUGAGUGCAGUUAGUUUUCCUUUGACAUACUGUGCCGCAUUUUAAAAGGUAUUUAACAAGGAAGGAUGACAAAGGGCUGUAUCAGAUUCUUCACAUCAGCAAAGCAGACAGGGGAGGCAGAAACUGGAAAAAAAAAUGACCUGUAAAUGAAAUAUUGAGCUAAGACAAAGGUUUAAGAAUUAAACUAUGUAGUAAAAUUUUAUAUCACA